ACUUGGCUCAGUGUGGCGUGCUUUACAUGGUCGAGGGGGUUGCGAAUGAGAGAGGGGGGAGGCAACACGUUGACUAUGUGGGAGUUAGUGCUACGAUACAGAGAAACUGAACCGACAAAGAGUUUCUGAUAACUUGCUGGAUACCCCACCCCCAACCCCCUCCUCUUCCUUUCUCAUAUGCUUCCUCCUGCAGGUACACGGCGUCUAUCAGAGCGACCUUCUUUUUUUUUUAUUCAACAGGAACACCACGCACACGCCGGCGAGGGCGCCUAAGAGCUCAGCUAUGUGUGCGCUCAGGGUCUGGCGAGUGCUGUGCACGCUCUGCUAUGUGGGUGCAUCGGUGUUUGUGAACGGGGUCGCUCUGGAGCAGAACUGCACAGACGACUAUGACAACGAGAUCCCUCAGGACUAUCUGACAGAGGAGUCACCGGUGACCCCGUGCCAGGCUGUGGAUCUUUCCCGCUGGGACAAACUGUUCAUCAACCUGGAGGACGCCCACAUGAGGCAGAACAUUCUGCUGGAGUCUGUGGAGCGGUGCUGCGGGGGGGCGGCUUCUUUCCGAGCCCAGGUGGAGAAGCUGGCCAAGGAGGCCUGCCGGCAGCGCCUGCCCAGCCUCGACUCCGCCUGCCACACGCAACUGGAGCAGGUGAGCCUCAGGCUGCAGCGAGGCCUGGCAGAGCUCAGGGUGGAGGGAGCGGAGAGAGAGAGGAGGAUGAACUCCACCUUGCACCAGCUCCUGCACGCCGCUCGUGAGCAGAGCGCAGAGUUAAAGAGGCCGGAGGAAAGUGGAGCUCACGGAGCAGAGGCCAUGGGAGGGGGCAGGUCAGCCGGAGCAGGGCAGAGCGGGGCCGGACCGAUAACACCCAGGCCCGGGGGGUCGGGAGCGGGGCUCGGCUUAGGAGUGAAGCCUUUUACGCCUGGUUUGAAGGAGCAGAAAGUGGCGUCAUCGCUGGACUUGGCCAAACUGGAGCGAUCCCUGGUUGCUAUUGCAACGCAGCUGCAGAAGAUGCAGCUGCAGCUGAGCCGACUCGUGGAGCGUGUGGGAUGAUGAAAGCUGGACAUAACGUAAGGAGGAGGGGGCAGAGGGAGAGGAAACGUUGCAGGAAAAGAAAAAAAAUAGAAAAAUGACAGGAUGUUCCUCCAUCAUGUUUGAACUCUCAAAAAAAGUUUCAUUUUGCACCUGUAGUAUUACUUUUUUAUGCUGUUACCAAAGGCUGAAGUCUAUUUUAUUGUGUGUCUUGUGUGGUUUUUUGUCCGGUGACAAGGAAUAUAAAUGCUCUCUAAAUGUUGCGGGUUUAUCCUAAUGAAUAAAAACUCAUUAA